CACCAUGGAUCUCGUCAACCACCUCACCGACCGUCUCUUGUUCGCCGUGCCCAAGAAGGGCCGUCUUCACCAAGCAUGUAUCGAACUUCUCCACGGUUCCGACAUCCAGUUCCACAGACACUCGCGCCUCGACAUUGCCCUCGUUAAGAACUUCCCCAUCGCUCUCGUCUUCCUGCCCGCCGCCGACAUCCCUACUUUCGUCUCAGAGGGUCGCGUUGACCUCGGUAUCACUGGUCGCGACCAGGUCGCCGAGUACGAAGUCACUGAGCCCCCGACCGAGUCCACUGGUGUUGAAGAGGUUCUCGACCUGGACUUUGGCCGCUGCAAGCUUCAGAUCCAAGUUCCCGAGAAGGGCGAUUUCCAAGACCCAAAGUCUUUGGUCGGAAAGAACAUCGUCACCAGCUUCACCAACCUCGCCGAGGUUUACUUCAGAGAGCUCGAGGGCAAGAAGGCAGGAGAGAAGUUGAGCACCCACAUCAAGUAUGUCGGUGGCAGUGUCGAGGCCGCUUGCGCGCUGGGCGUUGCAGACGGCAUUGUCGACCUUGUUGAAUCCGGCGAGACUAUGCGCGCAGCAGGCCUCAAGGCCAUCUCGACUGUCCUCGAGACAACUGCUAUUUUGAUCCGCUCAAAGAAGCCCUCCAACCCUGACCUUGUCAACCUUAUCGCAACAAGAAUCCGUGGUGUCAUCACCGCACAAAAGUUCGUUCUCUGCACUUACAACGUCCAGCGCAGCAACCUCGACCAAGCAGCCAAGAUCACUCCUGGCAAGCGGGCACCCACCGUCAACAGCCUGGAAGAGGAUGGCUGGGUCGCCGUCUCUGCCAUGGUUGAGCGCAAGAAGAUUGCCAACGCUAUGGACGAGUUGACCGCCAUUGGCGCCUGCGACAUUCUUGUUACCAAGAUCGAGAACUCGAGAACCAUCUAGACGAGUUCGAGUCAUGUUCUGUGUGGAUGCAUCAUUACAAGUUAAGAAUGGGAAAAGUCUCGUAGGAGUUAUAUCAGGGAUAUACACAUGGGACAAGACCCACGAAUAGAACGAAAUCAAGUCAUUUCAUAAUCAACAUCCCAUCAUCUUUGUACCGGGUACAGAGCAGACAUCAAGAUGAAGUAUGGAGCAUGUCAAGAGGAAAAAAGGAUAGGAUUUUUUGAGACGGAUAGCCCUAACGCUGAACGCAGCAGUAAACACCAAACUAUGCCAGAAAAAGAAGCAACGACAACCUGAUGCCUUGCAAAUAGGUCGAAAAACAAAGAUGGGAUAUAAUUUGUGAGAAGAAAGACGUCAAGAAGAACGGAAUCACUCGCUCUCCUCGGCAGCAACCUCCUCCUUGUGCUUCUUUGACUUUUUCUUCUUCUUUUCCGAAACCUCUUCCUCUCCAUCC